CGCUGUUGUUCGCCGUUGUUCGCCGUUGUUCGCCGUUGUUCGCUGUUGUUCGCGGCGCUCCACCCGCGGCCUCUCAGGGUGCUCCAAUCCGCCGUCCGGGCGUUAAGUGUUCGAGGACAGACCCAAUCUCUGCGGCAAGUGCCGUUACAUGGCAACUGAUGUCUCUCGGAAUACCAUCCCAUCCAACGCAGGACCGGGUCAUGUAUUCAGACAUUGUCGCUCGCCGAGUCCGCAGGCUCAGCACCCAUCGAUCCUCGGGCUGCUCAAGACCUCUCUCUCCCUCCUGAUCUUCUGUUCUCCUGUUCUUCUGCUCUCCUGCUCUCCUGUCGUGCACUGGCUUUCCGUGCCCUGCUGCAACCGACAUUCACCGCAGCUAUGCUUGCGAUUACCAUGCGGCCCAUUCGAGUGGUCCUCCGUCCUGGCGGUGCUCUCCAGCACGGCCCUGCUUCUCUGUUGCUGUCGCUGCGAUCGUCGUCCUCCCGGCCAGGAUCGUCGUCCUCCCAGCCGGGAUCGCCGUCCUCCCAGCCGGGAUCGCUCCCAAAGAUAGCUUUCAAAGACAUUGUCCUGGACGAGAACGACCUCGAGGAAAAGUUCACCAAGGGCAUGGGUCCCGGAGGACAAAAGAUCAACAAGACUUCGUCCAGGGUCCAGCUGGUCCAUAAGCCCACCGGUAUCCAGGUGAAUUGUCAGCGCUUCCGCGAACUGUCAUCAAACCGACGAGAGGCACGGAAGUUGUUGAUCGCCCGAUUGGACCAGCUGCACAACGGCCAGGACUCGAAGAAGGCCAAAAAGGUCGACAAAAUCAAAAAGAAGAAAGCCAAGAAGGCCCAGCGAGCCAAGAAGAAGCACAGCGCCGCGACGGAUGGGCAGCCCGAAGAAACCAACAGCGACGAUCACGAUGAUGAUGAUGAUGAUGAUGAUGAUGAUGAUGAUGAUGAUCACGACCAUGAUGAUGACGGUGAUGAUACUGGUGGUGGCGAUGACCCUGGAAACGAUGACGGCGGCAAGCAUGGCAAGGUUGCAUCGAUAUCCACGAGCAGAGUCGAUGUUCAACUCGGAAACAACCACGCCGGCCGAUCGGGUCAAAGCGCUGCGGAUCCAUCGUAGGCAGCACAAGUUCAUCCGUGGUUGACCAUCGAGGCAAGCAGCCACAUUGCAUCGCACACCUUUUGCGGGGCUGGUCCCGAAUACACUGCGAUAUGGGAAUUC